CGGAGCUGACGGAGCGCGCUGGAGACAGAGGGAUCUAUCUGCAUGAGAAGUCAAGAAGGAAGGAAAUAGCAAAGGAGAAUAAUUGGAAUGCUCCCAUAAGCCUCUCUUCUAAGGUGGAACGCUACUUUUGUUAAAUACAGACAAGCUUAUGUUGAGUAUGAGUCUUGUUAUGAUUAGCGAGAAUGUAAAACUGGCCCGUGAAUAUGCGCUGCUGGGAAACUAUGAUUCUGCAAUGGUCUACUACCAAGGAGUACUUGACCAAAUGAAUAAAUACCUCUACUCUGUCAAAGAUACAUAUCUGCAACAGAAAUGGCAACAGGUUUGGCAGGAGAUAAGUGUGGAAGCUAAGCACGUGAAGGAUAUAAUGAAAACACUGGAAAGCUUUAAAUUAGAUUGCACUCCCUUGAAAGCAGCACAGCAAGAAUUACCAGCUCGUGAUGGAGAAGUGUGGUCCUUGCCUGUGCCAGCUGAACGUAGACCUUCUCCAGGAGCCAGAAAACGUCAGUCUGUUCAGUGCAAUGAUUGCAGAGGCCACAAUAACCGUGUAAGUGCAGCUGUCAGAGGCCCUCACCGGCCCGCCUCUCGAAAUCCUAAUGAUAAAGGGAAAGCAGUCCGUGGCCGAGAAAGGAAGGAUCAGCAGAAUAAAGGAAGAGAGGAAAAGAACAAGUCGUCAUCUGAUGUUUCAGAAUCUGAGCCAAAGAGGUUUGACGGUACUGGGUAUGAUAAAGACUUAGUAGAAGCUUUGGAAAAAGAUAUUAUUUCUCAAAAUCCCAAUGUUCGAUGGGAUGAUAUAGCUGACUUAGUUGAUGCCAAAAAAUUGCUCAAAGAAGCUGUAGUCUUGCCAAUGUGGAUGCCAGAAUUCUUUAAGGGAAUUAGAAGACCGUGGAAGGGUGUGCUGAUGGUUGGUCCACCCGGUACUGGAAAGACUCUCCUUGCAAAAGCUGUAGCUACUGAAUGCAAAACAACAUUUUUCAACAUCUCUUCAUCAACACUUACUUCAAAAUACAGAGGAGAAUCUGAGAAACUUGUCCGCCUGCUGUUUGAAAUGGCUCGAUUUUAUGCACCAACAACUAUAUUUAUUGAUGAGAUAGACUCUAUCUGUAGUCGCAGAGGAACCUCGGAGGAGCAUGAAGCCAGCCGACGGGUGAAAGCAGAACUACUGGUUCAGAUGGAUGGUGUUGGAGGGGCUGCUGAAAAUGAUGAUCCUUCCAAAAUGGUUAUGGUACUUGCUGCUACUAAUUUUCCUUGGGAUAUUGAUGAGGCCCUAAGACGACGACUAGAAAAGAGAAUUUACAUUCCUUUACCAUCAGCAAAAGGCAGAGAAGAACUCUUACGGAUAAACCUGCGGGAGUUGGAACUGGCUGAUGAUGUUGACCUUGCAAAUAUAGCUGAAAAAAUGGAAGGUUAUUCUGGUGCAGACAUUACCAAUGUAUGCAGGGAUGCAUCACUGAUGGCUAUGAGAAGGCGAAUUGAGGGCUUGACACCAGAAGAAAUCAGAAAUCUUUCCAGGGAUGAAAUGCACAUGCCUACAACUAUGGAGGAUUUUGAAAUGGCUUUAAAAAAGGUUUCUAAAUCGGUAUCUGCUGCGGACAUUGAGAAAUAUGAAAAAUGGAUUGUUGAAUUUGGAUCAUGCUAAGUCUUCCUAACCAAACUUCCCCAGGAAACCUGUCUUAAAACAGCUUCAGAAGUAAUGAAAGGUAGCGUUCAUGUGCACUAAGUGCUAUUUUUUUAACUUUCUUAAACUUAAGAGCAACAUGAUUCUGAAUAAAGUAAUUUUUUAAAUUGCA